AGAACAGAAACCAAGUUCCCCGGCAACGAGCAGCAUCCACCCGGCGGGAGGCCGGAGCCAGCGAGGCCCGAAAGGCUGCGGAGUAAGCCCGCCGCUCCAGCGCGCCCCACGCCUCCUCCUCCUCUUCCUUGGCUGCCCAUCCUCAAAUCUCGACUCGCUUUUUCGCCUACGGAAAGCCUAGGGAGGGGGUUAGGAGCAGCCGCGCCCCCCUCCCUGCGGCUGCCGCCCCCUACUUUUUCGGCUCUGUUCCCUGCCGCGUGCGCCCGAGCAGGGCGCCCCGGCAGGCCCCAGCCAUGUCGAUGUUGCCGUCGUUCGGCUUUACGCAGGAGCAAGUGGCGUGCGUGUGUGAGGUUCUGCAGCAAGGCGGGAACCUGGAGCGCCUGGGCAGGUUCCUGUGGUCACUGCCCGCCUGCGACCACCUGCACAAGAACGAAAGCGUGCUCAAGGCCAAGGCCGUGGUCGCCUUCCACCGCGGCAACUUCCGCGAACUCUACAAGAUCCUGGAGAGCCACCAGUUCUCGCCUCACAACCACCCCAAGCUGCAGCAACUGUGGCUGAAGGCACACUACGUGGAGGCCGAGAAGCUGCGCGGCCGGCCCCUGGGCGCCGUGGGCAAAUAUCGGGUGCGCCGAAAAUUCCCGCUGCCGCGCACCAUCUGGGACGGCGAGGAGACCAGCUACUGCUUCAAGGAGAAGUCGCGGGGCGUGCUGCGGGAGUGGUACGCGCAUAACCCCUACCCCUCGCCGCGUGAGAAGCGGGAGUUGGCCGAGGCCACUGGCCUCACCACCACCCAGGUCAGCAACUGGUUUAAGAACCGGAGGCAAAGAGACCGGGCCGCCGAGGCCAAGGAAAGGGAGAACACCGAAAACAAUAACUCCUCCUCCAACAAGCAGAAUCAACUUUCUCCUCUGGAAGGGGGCAAGCCGCUCAUGUCCAGCUCAGAAGAAGAAUUCUCACCUCCCCAAAGUCCAGACCAGAACUCCGUCCUUCUGCUGCAGGGCAAUAUGGGCCACGCCAGGAGCUCAAACUAUUCUCUCCCGGGCCUAACAGCCUCGCAGCCCGGCCACGGCUUGCAAGCCCACCAGCAUCAGCUCCAGGACUCCCUGCUGGGCCCCCUCACCUCCAGUUUGGUGGACUUGGGGUCCUAAGUGGGGAGGGACUGAGGCCUUGAAGGAGCGACUAGGGACACUUGUAAAUAGAAAUCAGGAACAUUUUUGCAGCUUGUUUCUGGGGUUCUUUGGGCAUAAAGGAAUGGUGGACUUUCACAAAUAUCUUUUUAAAACUCAAAACCAACAGCGAUCUCAAGCUUAGUCACCGCCUUCUCUCAGACUCUUUCUACUUUUGCAUUUCCCCUGCCAGUGCAGAGAUCAGGUAAAAAAACAAAACAAAACAAAAAAACCCAAACAAACAAAAGCACCCUGUACCCAGUCUGGUUCCGGGCAACCAUGUGCCUGCUUCAGAAGCCUUUCUUUUUUUCAGUGGAUGGGAAUUACAAAUCAACUGGAUUUUAAUUAUUUCCUUUUAAUUUAUUUAUGGAAAAAUCUUUUGGGAAGAGGAAAAGGAAAUGAAAGAGAGAGAGAGAGAGAGAGAGAAGUCAAAAUAGAAUAAGAGCCUCCAGCCUGGGAGGACUGGUUGCAUUCUUAAGGUGAAUAGGAAAAAUACGACCUUAUAACUUUUUUUGAUGGGGAAAAAUUAAGUUUACAUUUUUCACAUUUAGUGUUAAACAAUUUUAUGUAGAUUGAAAUGCAAGAACAGUAUUAGGGGAAAAAAACAAGUGCCUACAUGUCUUAAUGCUCUCUAUGUGAGGCGGUUAGAAAUAGACGUGACCAUUAGUAAUACAACUAUUUUUGUCAAAUUUGGUGGUGUUUUUUGGUUGUUGUUUGUUUUCUUGGGGUUUUUUUUAUGGCAAAUUUUAAAAAUGUACCAAUGUGAAAAAACACUUUCCUGAAUGCCAUUACUUCCCAUGCCCUCGAAGCUGUCAUCUGUAGCCUCCUUUCAGGGUUUCUCCUGUUCCUAGUUUCUAGCUUGCAAAAAUAUUCGACAAAUCUGGCAACCUGGUCUUUGUUACUAAAACAGCAUGUGUUUUCAGGUUUCUUUUCUAUUGUACCUAAACCAGUCUAAAUUAAAACUUAGUAGAACACCAGGAGUAUGAUUCUGUUUCUGAAAGGUGAGUUGUGUGUUGCUGUCGUUGGGCCCUAUAUAUGUGUAUGUAUAUAUAUAUUUUUUACAAAUAGUUUUCUUGCUCUCUUCCUUAAUGGUGAUUAUGAAUUGCAGGGUACUUUGAAGGCCAUCACCUGAACCAAGAGUGGUGAUUGAAUUAAUUAUAUGACAGAAAAAGAGUGAAUUUAGCUUUGGGGUAUUUAUUUAUUUUUUUUAUUAUUUAGAUAUGCAGUUUUGUUUACCACUAGCUCUUCUCCACAGGCUUCCUAUGUUAACUCAGCUUUUUUGUAUUAACAAGUUUAUGACAAGACUGUGAAAGUAAAAUAAUUCAUCUGCUUGGG